AGGAUAGAUUAUGUCGCUGGUGGGUGCAAUCAGCGCUUCUAUCUCCGCGUUAUUUUCCUUGAUCGCAUUAUGCAUGUUCUUCAAUCCUUCUGCCAAGAUCGGUUUUGCAGUUAUAAUAAGUUAUCUGCUGCUGGUUCUGGUGAUCGUUGGUCUGACGGUUACUUUCAUCAGAUGGUUACAAUUCCUUAGCAACUCAGAGAAAUUGGAGAAUACAAAGUGCUACAAUAACAACAAAAGGAAGUUUCGAAUUGCCCUCAUCAUACUUGGUAUCGUGUGUGUUAUACUCGCCCUCUUCAGCACACUCGGAAUCUUCAUUUUCGCAAAGAAGCUGAGCGGGAUUAGCACCACAAUCGUAGAUGGCAUGAACAAGAACGAAACCGAGUCGGUGGAAGCAGAAGUAGAUAGCACAUGGUACAAUGAGACCUGUGCUGCUGAGCCAGACGGGGCAGCUUGCCAACUUUGCGAGCCUUGUGCUAAUUCCGGGGCUUGUGAUGUUUGUGUGUCUAAACAGAAGGCAUGCAAGGCAUGUGAAUGUGACCCAAAUGGGAAGGGGUUCUUGUGCAAGUGGUUGAAGAUCCCAAUUUCAGCACCAAAAGAAUCCAGCAAUGCUACGAGCAACGGCACUGAAACAGAGGAAAAGAAACAAAACCCACUGGACGCGUUCCUAGGAGAACCUGAACCAGAUUCACGGUGUUAUAACGUUAGUUACGGAGCGAAAGGGAUCAAGAGAAUGUUCUGCCAGUUGUACGAGCUAACUGACAGUUGGCAUUGCAAAGAGGAAGCUGAUAUCAAGGACAAGAUAACAUGCAUAGCUGUAACUGUUGGGCAGGGUGCCAACAAGAGGUUCGUUAUAGCGGCACUGCUCAUGGUCAGUCUUGUUGGGCACCUCGUCAACCUGGGUGUUGCUAUCUGGUGCAAUGGUGACCAGGAGUCUGAGUACGAGCAACAGUCAGAUGACAAAGAUGGAGGGAAUGGUGAAGAUGCGGUUCCUCUCAAUGCGGAGAUGAUUUAACAAGGUUCAACAUUUAGCUGUUGGGACAGUGGAUUAUUUUAUAAGAUUUAAAAUAUAUUUCUUUUAUUUUUGUUACUUUUUAUUCGAAAAAUAUGGACCGUGUUUUUAUGUUUUAUCUUUUCAUUUAACUAUUUGCAAGAUAAAUGACUUUAUAUAAUCUUUUAUACUAUUUUUAUUUGACUUUGAAUUCAUUUCGUUUAAUGGAGAUUUUGAGAAAAACGUUUUGUUAUUAAGGUUUUCUUUUCUUAUAACUGCAUGUCGCACGACUAGUGACGACUUUGUGAAAUUCACAAUAUCUUUAUUGUUCUUAAAUUGUUACUUUAAUUUAUUUUGUGACUUUUGACGAAGAGGGUAUUUGAUUUGAUAGGACUGUCUUUAAGUUAUGUAAUAUGUUAAGAUUUAUUUAAAGAAUUAACAACAUGGUGGCCCAAAAGUAACGCUAUGUUGAGAUCGCAGUGUGUUACUCGUUAUACUAACUGUACGUUACUUUUGGGCCACCAAGUUCUAUUAGAGUUUAAGAGAGAGUAUUUAAGAGAGCGUAUUUCAGAAGUAUAGUACUUAAGUACAGAAGAUAUUUAAAAUUGUCAAGACCUUGUUAUUGUAUAACGUAUUUUUAUUUAAGUUAACAUUUAAUGAAUAUGACAAUUUAAUGAAUGACGUACCAAGCAAUCUAAAAGUACGGUGUUGAGUUGCUUUUUUGGAUAGUUUCAUAACGGUUAGGUAAAGAAAACCGAGUUAUUAAUUUAUAUUACCCAUAUCUGGAAGUAGAAGAAAUAUUAAAUAUGGAUUCUAACCUUUGGAGGUUGCCAUGACCACCAUAUUCUACACUACCUAGUUCUACACUAUCUGCAGCAAAACAAUUGACAUUUACUAUGGGACUACGUUAAUGAUUCUAAAAGACAAAUAAUACCCGUGUAAACUGUAAAAUGGAGUAAACCAGCAGUUAGCAUGCAGCAACCAACUUUCUCAGAAAAUAAUAAAGCCACAAAACAAACGGUCAAAGUUCGUCCAAUACAUUGCAGAGAGGGCGGAAUACAUUGCAGGAGAGGACGAAAUAAGAAAUACAAAUACUGUACAGGGAUGAAGGAAUGUUUCAGUGUAUGGCAAUCUUUUAAGGGUUCGGAAGUUGUAGAAAAGGGUGUAUUAUGAAGGAGCAUGUUGUUAACAGUUGAGCAUUAUUAAGGAGCAUGUUGAGCUUCCAGUUUGUGCGUUGCUUAUUACAUGUCAUUACUUUCUGCUUAAUGAGACUUGAUAAAUG